CUAGUACUUAUGCAACAUCUAAUACAUCUCGUUGAUUUUUGUGCUGCCUAUAAGUUUAUGUUUUGACCGUGGUUUUGACAAUAGUAAACAUAACCUAUGUUUUCUAGAAGUCUGUUUUUAACUCAUGUUUAUAAAAACGUGAUAAAAAUGAGCGUAUUUGUACAAAAAAUAAACCCAAUUACGGGGGCAAACGACUGGGUGGUACAAAAUGAGGACUACGACUUCCACCAAGAAGUAGCCAGGUCCGCUUUUGCAGAUAUGUUACAUGACUCUGAAAGAAACCAACUGUAUGAACAGGCUUUAAGAGCAGCCAUAAAUAAAAAACACGCCGAAGGUAAAAAAGCAAAUGUCUUAGAUAUUGGAACCGGCACAGGGUUGUUAUCUAUGAUGGCAGUAAGAAAUGGAGCAGACUCUGUAACUGCUUGUGAAGCUUUUAAGCCAAUGAGCGAAUGUGCUUUGAAAAUAAUCGCUUUAAAUGGUUUUGAAGGUAAAAUUAAGGUAAUACCAAAGAGGUCUACUGAUAUAAAUGUUGGUGAACAAGGUGAUAUGAGAGAGCGCUGUAAUAUACUAGUAACGGAAGUAUUUGAUACGGAAUUAAUAGGUGAAGGUGCUCUAUCAACCUUCCAGCAUGCCCAUAAGUAUUUGUUGGAAAAAGAUUCCAUAGUUGUACCCGAAUCUGCAACUAUUUUUGCCCAAGUAGUUGAAUGUCCUUUAGUUCAAAAUUGGAACAAACUAAAAGAUAUAUUUAAUGAUGAUCUAGAGCUGCUAUUGAAAGUGCCCGAUUCUAUUCAAAAUUGUGCAGGUUCAGCUGCUGUACAUGAUGUUCAGUUAAGCCAGUUAUCUUACAAUUCCUUUAAUACGAUUGCAUCUCCAAUUCCAGUACUUAGAUUUGAUUGGUCAGGACAGACACCAUUUAUUUUUGAGAGAUCUACAAUAAAUACUAUAAAAGCUGAAUGUGAUGGUAAAGCUCAAGCUGUUUUUAUGUGGUGGGAGUUGCAAAUGGAUACAGAAAACAAAAUUGUAUUGAGUUGUGCUCCAGUUUGGGCCCAUCCAUGGACUAAAUUGAAGGGCGAUGUUGAAAUACCUUGGAGAGACCAUUGGAUGCAAGCUAUUUAUUAUUUCCCAAAUGAUAUAAAUGUUAAAAAAGGACAAGAAGUGAAUUUAAUCAGCUGCCAUGAUGAAUACUCUUUAUGGUUUAAUUUGACACACAAUUUAAGAAUUACUGAUAGUGAUUAUUUAAAUCCUGUAUGCAGUUGUGGGCUCCAUGCAAAUUUUUCAAGGACCAGAAUUGGUCAAAUGAAUGACUCCAGAAGGAAUAAAAAGUAUUUGUCUCUCUUUGAGGAACAAUUAAACAAUAAUAGUUGUAUUUUAGUAUUAGGAGAUGGUUUCUAUUUUGCAUUAACAGCAGCAAAAUACGGAGUCAAAAAAAUGUAUUUCUUAGAAACAAAUACUUUAUCAAGAAGGAUAUUGUUAGAAUUUAUAAAUUUUAAUGGUAUUAAAAAUGUAGAAGUUAUUCCUAGCUUAGAAAAAUUAAAUGAAAUUGAUUUAAAAGAGAUUAAUUGUGUACUAGGAGAACCCUAUUUCACAAGUAGCAUUUUACAAUGGGAUAAUCUUUUAUUCUUGUAUUUAUUAAAAGGAAUUAAAAAGUUGGUGUCAAAUGAUAUACAAGUAUUUCCGCAAAAAGUAGUUAUCAGAGCUGUAGCAGUUCAUUUUAAAGAUCUGUAUAAAAUUAGGAGCCCACUGGGAAAAUGUGAAGGUUUAUUGAUGAAAAACUUUGACCAACUAAUUGAGGAAUCGAGUAAUAUUAGUGAUGACACUGUGGAAGCUCAUCCUCUCUGGGAAUAUCCAGGAUUUGCCCUGAGUGAAGUAGAAGAAAUUUUAGAAAUUGACAUGGCUCAUCCACCAGAAAGCGCUACAGAAAGGAAAGGAAAUAUUAAAAUACAAAGUCACAUGGAGUGCAAUGGUAUAGCUGUGUGGUCAGACUGGUACCCUUUGAAUUCCCCAAGGUUCCUAAUAUCUACUGGACCAAUUUCACCAAUCACAGUUGGUGAAAAAAUCAACUGGGACAUGUAUACAAGACAAGGUGUUUAUCUUUUUUCUAACAAAUGCAAAACCAACGAAAUUAAAUAUUCCUUCAGUUUAAAUUUCAGUAAUGGACAUAUAAACUUUAAAUGUGAUUAAAAAUGUUUUAUGUAAAUAUAUGUAAUUUAUAUGUAGGUACCUAUGUCUUUUAAUUUAAAAUUCAAUAUAGGAAAUUGAUCAGUAAUCUUCAAAAUUUUAGAGGGUGUACGUAAAAGGCCUGUACAGAAUUAGCAAAAAUUCAUGAGACUAAAAUAUGAGGAUCUGGUGUCAGUGAGCG